GACUCGAUGCGGUCGUUUGCCAUUUUGGCACAAAGAACGAGUGAUCACAGUCAGGCCACAGCUCUUUUUGAUCAAAGAGGUGUCCUGGAGUGUGGUCGUGGAUGAACAGCGCAAUGUGGAGCCUGUUCAGGAAGUGCCAAUGCAGUUCCCUGAGCCUAAGGCACCACCGCCCGGGUUCAGACACCAAGGUGAGCCGGCUCCUGGCUAUGCAGCCCAAGGACAGGAUCAACCCAAGAGUCGUGUGUCAAGCUCAAGCGGAAGUGCACCCUUCCCACCUGCUGAUGCGGCUCUCUUUUUCACUGACCCUGCUCAAGCCCCUGCUCAAAGUGCUGCUGCUCCAGCUACUCAGGCAGCACGUGAUUUGCUUGGAAGCGCUCAGAAGCAGGCAGCUCGCCUGGCAAAGCAGAAAGCUCAGGCAAAGAGGCGUGGUCAUCGUGCAGUUAGGUGGGGACAGAUGCCUGGCCUUGAUGCUCAGAAUUUCCAGCUCCCAACGUUCAUCAGGCAGUUGGGUGCUGGCCAAGAUGAACGAUCAGUGCUUGUGAUUGAUAGCCGCGAUCGGCGCAUUCAGUCCCCCUACCAGGGAUGGCUGCUGGACGAGAUCUUGCUGAACGCCCAGUCUGGAGUGAACGUCCUGGUCGAUCGACAACUUGUCAGAUCGCCAAACAAGGGCUACCACCUCAACUUGUUCUAUGUGAGGACGAUGGACGGGUUCAAGUUCAUCUUGGUAGGAUCAAUGACGUCUUACGGGACGGUGCCAGCAGCUCGCUGGGAUGCAGACACGGGGAAGAUCAUGGCCCACCCGGCCUUUCAACCUUUUCGUUGGCCGAUGAUGACUGACGAAUCUGCAACCUGGGUCGAUGUGAAAGUCAAGGUUGAAGGAGGUCUUCUUCUACACCUUGAGCUGCGCGGCUACCGAUCGAACACUGACAUGACGGUUCAGAUGAACUACGUCAAUGAUGCUCUCAUGGCGAACCUUAGGGACUGCCUUUUUGUGCCGUCCUGCAUCGUCACGGUGUUCCACGGAUGGAGGGUGGUGGCAACCUCGUUCGAGGUGGGAGGGCGUCUGUACGCCUGCAGUGAUAGUGGGACGGUCGUGGCCCUGGACUUUCCUUUGUGCCACUUUGAAGUCCGGCUCACUGCGCUCUCUUCCACGGACUCGAUCGGGAUGGAUGCAGACCGCUUAGAGUUCCGAUUCAGGUCAUCCGGUGAUCAGCUGGACGUUGCAUGUUCUCAGGUGGUGGUUCCAUCAACUUGGCUGGUUGUGUCGCGUGUGUCUGGGCCCACCUUGAUCAAGAAUGCUCGUUGGUGUCGUGAGCAUCAUGCAAGGGUGGAAGGCCCUGAUCAGACCAUGCAAUUGUCACAGCUAGCCGAGAUCCAUGCACACUGGACUGCAUCGAUCGAAGCAGAGUCCGUUGAUGACACGGGUCCGAGGGUGAGUGCGGUCGCGGUGGAUUCUCACCCGGCCAACUAUCACCUCACCUGUGAGUCUCCCUUGUUCAGGGCAGCGAAGUCGUUGGUGCCAACCGAUGCACUGGCUCUGCAGGCGCACAAUGUGGCUCUGGAACAGGAGACGAUCGUGCUCCCGCCAGUGACGGGUGGGCCAUCAGUGGUGCCAAGAUCAUCAGUUGCGGCCCCUCUGCAAGCAUUGGCUGGACCGUCGGCUCCUGCACUGGUUGUGGCGCCCAAUGUUCAAGCCGAAGUCUCCAUGACUGAGCCGGGUCAAGCCCCAGCCUCGGGAGCCAUGGGAGGCUCGGUACAUGUGCAAAGGCGAUCGCUUGAAGCUCGCCAACAAGAGAGGAUCUCAGUGGCAGCCGUGACGCCACAAACUUUUCUUGAUCAGGUGUAUCAGGCGGUCCCGGGACGCCCAGUCAGUUUUGGACCGGCUCCGACCGUUGAAGAAGUGACGGCGAGGGCCCCAGUUUGCUCGGCUGUGGGAUCUCAGACCGGACGUGAUGUUAGAGCGCUGUUGGCUUCACCUUAUGCCAACUUGGCGCUGGUGUCAGCGAUGGAGGUGCGAUCGGGCCCGGAGUUCACCGUGAAGGUGCACGACUGGUCAGCAUCCCUAGAGGAGACCGUUCGUGAUGUUUUUCUCAGCAACAGUUUUAUGCUGGAACAGUUUUGGAGUCUAGCUACUUCGAUCGAGAAGGCAUUUUUCGAAUCCUCUGCAAAUCAGCUGGGUUUCGGGCAGUGCGAUCCGACUACUUUGGCGUUGAGUGCCGAGACCGCUAGUGCUCGUAGGGCUAAUGCCAUCAAAGUUCUGUUGCACAAGCCGGCUCAACCGCCCAGGAAACUGCUCAAGAAGUCUGAUUCGGAUCCGACGUCCACACCGCUGUUGGACCAGGAGAAUGCCGCUCGGUGGAAGUGGGCUUCUAAACUGGAGGCCAUAGGGAAACGGGCGGGUCAACACUCCAAGCUCUUGCUGGAUACCACCAACAGCGAAGGGCUCUCGCCGGGUGAGACCGCUCGGCUACGCCAAUUAGUGUUGGCAUCGGGGGCUCCACGGACUAUGUCGGCCCACAUCUCCGCAUGGGAGCGGUUCGAGGAGUGGGCCAAUAGUGUUGGGAUCCCCGUUUUUCCUUUGUCUUCUGAUUUGAUUCUGAAGUAUGCUCUAGCUCUUGACGAGAAAGAAUGUGGUCCCACAGUUUUGCCUUCUUUUAGGAUGUCAAUUAAGUGGGUAACAUCUAAACUGGCGAUCGACUGCCCUGAUUUGUCCCAUCCCGCUCUCUUGGCGGUUCAGUCGGACGUCAUUCAGAAAAGGGCCACCACAUUGAAAGAAGCCCAGCCCAUCCCGAUCGUGGCGGUCGGAAGUCUGGAGCAGUUCGUCACAGACGUGCAGCAGCCAGAGGCAGCUAGGCUCUUUGCAUGGUGGUGGCUCUGCAUGGUCUUCGCAUCGCUGAGGUUCGACGAUGCCAUGCAUGUCAGGCCAACUGAGUUGAUCAUGAAAGACGAAGGGCUCUUUGGCGUCGCUUGGCAGACGAAAGUCGAGCGCAAACGCCGUGGCACGAAGUUCGUAGUGCCGAGAGUUGGCUUUCGUGAUUCAGCCUGGCUUGACGUUGGCUGGGACCUUUUGCAGCUCGAAGAUUUGGAUCGUGACUUCUGGAUGAGAGACUUGAACACCCAGACGGAGUUCAGGUCUGCACCAGCUCAAUAUCAACGUUCCAUUCAGUGGCUGCGUUUCAUUGGCAAGCUCGCCAUCAAGACCUACUUUAGUGGGCCUGAGGGUAAGCUCAAUGAGGCCGUGGACGGGUUGCUCAAGGUCACAGCCCACUCAGCUCGGGUCACCAUGUUGGACGCUGCAGUACAUGCUCGUCGAUCGACGGAGGAGAUCGGACUGCAAGCGAACUGGAAAAAUCCGGGUCCUCUAGUGUUGAAAUACACCAGGAACCGGACCAGCGUACCAGCUCAGAUGGUUCAACAGCUGGUCAAAGACAUGGUUGACAAUGAGCACCCGUUCGAGGCUGAAGAGGAUGUCGUGCUCGACUCCGUAGAUGAGACGGCUCUCAAUGAGGUGCAGUUCUACGUCAAGACGGAAGGCGCUCGUGCCUCCCGUGACUAUCGAUAUCACUGCUCGAAAGAGGAGGACGAUGAGAUGGUCGCAUGUGGCAAGCUCGCCGUCCGUGACUGCACUGCCGUUGGGGCCGCCCUGCCAGAUCCUUCCGUGCUCUGCAAGCAGUGUGCCAAAGCUCGACCAGAUGUGGCUUCACGAUGCUUCUCUGCUCAGAGCGGAAGUGUUCGGGCAUCUAUUACACAAUUAAUCAUGGUGGAUCGCACCGUGUACACCCCGGACAAGUUGCCGGAGCUCCCAUUGCGGCAGAUCUUUGGUCGGCAACGAGUUCCGGAAGACUUGUGCCGGCUCGUGGCUGAUGUGGGUCUCCGCAGCGUGGAAACGUUCGCCAUGCUGGGGGACACGAUCACAACGGUCAAGCAGACCUUGAAAACGAUCAUACCAGAUUCUGCUCGUUUCGGCGAUGAUGCGCCGGCGCAGGAGCUUGCUCUUACAGCUCUGGCGGCCGUCUGGAAGCAGUGCUCCACCAUGCAAGAUCACUUCGCAGCUCGGCGAGCCAAAAUGGAAGAAGACCCCAGCAAGGUCCCAGAGAUUCCAGGCGAAGAUCAUGCUGAGUUUCGUGACACGUUCGUGGCUCGUCACCCUGACGUGCUCUUGCCCAUGCAUCGAGAGCCUCAUCGGAAGUUUGUCGAACGUGUUCAACGAGACUACUUGGUGCACGGCUUUGUUCAUUUCUACGAAGUCGGCGAGAUCCGCACCAGGAAUGAGCAGAUCGCUCAGAAAUCUGGGCUCUCCAAAAAUGCAGAGGAUCUCUUGCGUGUGGUGAUGGUAGAUCAGCCUAGUGCGGCUAGUUCAGAAUCUCAGGUGAUGGACAAACUGCAUGCGUUCUUCAUUACCUUAGAAUACUUGAACAUCUGUGAGUUCUCCGUGGCAGCCGGGCCCCUGAAAUACUUGUCUGAUCUGGAGGAGUGGCGCCAUGAGAACCGUGGCCUGGCCUUGCUCUUGGCGGCUGAUGCGUUGAUCCGCAAGAAAGUUCAUCGAGUGAGCUCUGAUCAGCGCAAGACAUUUGGCACGUUCUCUGCCGCCUUGCUUGAGGUCUUGACCAACCACAAACAGCUGUGGAAUGACGCUCGAUCAAGCGCAGAGUUGGACAAGUUCAAGCAGGUGCUGCAGACUACGGCGCCAUCUACACCGUCAAAGAAGCGCUCCAGAUCUCGCUCGCAGUCAGCCCCAAAGGCUUCACCCAAAGCUCGAAAGAACAGGGCUCGUCGUGAACGCCAGAAGGCCUUGCUCAAGAAAGCUAAGGUUGGUCACGCCUCAACGCCACCUCCCAAGUCGGAUCAGGCCAAGAAACCCGCUCGAGAUGAACGGGUCCCGGCCCACGAAUGGCAGAAGAUUACUUCGUUCAAGUAUCAAGGAGCCAAGCGAUGCCCUUUCUUCAACUGCUCACUGGGUUGCCGCUUUGGUGAUCACUGCCGCCAGAAGCACAGCUGUGUGGAAUGUGGUAAAGAUCACCCGUGGCACGGCAACCACUGCAUCACAGAGGCUGUUCAGCUGAUGGGUGUGCCUGCGCUGCCGCCAGUGGAUGUGGUUGUCUCUGAUCUGGUCAGCGAAGCAGCCGAUGUGUUGGAUCUGGCAGUGUGGGUGCUCCAGGUACUUUGUCCAGGAGGGCACGUGCACGAGUCUUUGAGAGGCAAAGUGUUCGACCCCCUUCAGGGCAAACUGGUGUUCAAGACCAAGGCUGCGCAGGUCUAUCCUUGGGCUUUGUGUGCGGCGUUCGCCAGCGUUGCUCACGAUCUAUGGCAAGACCCUCUUCAUGCUCUACAACCUUCGCUGCAGCUGACCACGCCCCCUGCGGAUCGCAAACGCGAAGUGGGCUCCUGCAAACCGUGGCUCGGACACAAGCAGGAGGAGUCGGCUCUCAAAGCGCUCUGGGCGGGUUAUCAGCUGAAGCGGGGUGCGGCCAAGCCUUUGUUGCAUGUGGAGAUGGAACCUGGCCAAGCGAUCGAGGCGGCCUUGAACGUGAUCCACCCUUUCACCAUCGAGGCUCCUCUGGCAGCGAUGGAAGAAGCAGCCGUCCUCCAACUUCGGCGCCCGUCUGAGGUGAUCAUGGCUGAGCGGGCGCGGUUGCUACAAUUUUGGCAUGCUCAGGCAGUGGCUUUAUUGCCCCACUCAGUGGCGGCGAUCCGGGCGCUGCCCGAUCCCCAUCUGCGGCGUCUGCUCCUUGGCACUGACGACCUUUCCGUGCCGCGCCUUGGUCAAGUUUGCCACGUCGCAUUGUACGAGGCUAUGCUCAUGGCGUGCGGCUCGGUGGAUCAGUCAUUGCCCUCUUUUCUCUUGCACGGUUUUCCGAUCGUUGGUGAGAUCGCUCGCUCUGGUCGAUGGCCUCCCUACAAUAAGCCCCAGAAAGACAUCCCGGUGCAAGACGCAUUGGAUAGGGCCUGGGUUCUUCGGAAGAAGAUCAUCCAACGUGUUCAAUCAGUACAGAUCUCUGACAACCUUCAGAAGAUUUGGGAUGCAUCGAUCGAAGAUGUUGAGGAGAAAUCGUGCUUGGGCCCCUUUGUGUCUGAAGAGGAGGUCACGAAAGCUCUUGGGUGCGACGAUUGGAUCCCAACUCAGAGAUUCGAAGUUGUUCAGAAGAAUAAAGUUCGUGGUUGUGACAGCGCCACGACAAACAUGAUCAAUCAGAUCACCCGGAUCUCGGAGAAGCUACAACUGCCUUCUACAGACACGAAUGUCGCAGCUCUGCGCAAGUUGAGAACGAUCAAGCCUGGCGUGAAGCUGGCAGGGUGGGUGCUCGACGAGCGCAAAGCCUAUCGGCAAGUAGCGGUGCGACCUGAUCACCGGAAGUUCUCUGUUAUUUGCUUGAAGAAUCCGAAGACUGGUGCUCCCAAUUUCUUCAUCAUGAUAGGUCACUCAUUUGGCUUGGUCUCAGCUGUAUACAACUACAAUCGCCGAUCGGCGGCCAUUAACGAGUUCUUGGUCUCGCUGUUCGGCUUAGUGGCUUUCAGCUUCUAUGACGACAAAUAUGGUUUUGAACCUCUGGCGAUCGCGGGAAGUGCUCGUGCAGUAGCUGAACAUGUUCAUUUCUGGUUAGGUGCGAAGUUUGAUCAGAAGAAAUUGCAGCUAUCUACAGAGCCCACGAUCCUAGGGGUGACUUACAACCUUGAUCAGAUGCAGUUGGAGAUCAAAGCUGAGCGGAGAGAAGAGAUCACCCAGGAGAUUGAAGCGAUCGUGAAGGCAGGCAUUCUAGACCCUGGCUCGGCGGGGAAGUUGAAAGGUAAGCUCAUGUUUGGCGCUUCUCAGCUCUGGGGAAAAGUUGGACGAGCUUUUCUGAGGGUCAUUUCUGAGCGCCAAUACCUUCGUUUCCCGAUCGGUAGUGAGUUCAAACUAGAUCAACCUCUGCUCGAGUCUUUGCUCCACUGGAAGAAAUUGGUCAAUGAGGGACCGCCGAGGCCGAUCGAAUCAGCUUCAGCUAAACUAGUGGAUGCAGUGAUUUUCACAGAUGGUUUCACGCCGGAUCCUAGGAAGAAGGAACGUUUGCCUGAUCGUGUAGGAGCUGUUCUUUUUGAUAGGCGGUGGCUUGAGCGCUCGACUCAGAUUGUUCCUGUUGAGAUGGUCGCAGCUGUUCUAGCCCUGGAGACUUUUGCUGAUAGGACUCGAUGCGGUCGUUUGCCAUUUUGGCACAAAGAACGAGUGAUCACAGUCAG